CGCACCGACUCUUCACUUCCUGUGAACCAAUGACGCUAAAGGAGUCAAAAUGAAAGAAGGAUGACUGAGAGUCAAGUAGUUUCCCGUGGGGGCGGGUCCCUGGGGCCUAUAGCCCUCCCAGCAGUGAUGUGGUAUGAGUUUGUUCUCAAUGAAAAUCUACUGGAAGAUCACCUACAGCAGGAAAUGCCUGAACCAAACCCAGUGCAGCUUCUUGUGACAUUCAUGCAGCAAGCAAAGAUUGAGUUCCGGAAUGUUAUGUUGACACGUGAAGCUAGUCCGCCAAGUCAGCAAGUGGAUGGCAAGCCAGGAUAUGGACCUCAGUCGGAGGUUAAACCGGAACCAGGGAAGAAUCAGCCAGCUCUCACAUAUGAAAACCUGGAAGAGGCAAUGAGGGUGAUCCCCCCCAAGCACCUGAAGAAGGUUGUGGCUCUGAAAACACUGGCUCUCAAAGUAGCUGCACAUCUCAAGUGGAAUAUGAGCAUCCUGGAGAAGGGCAUUUCUCAGUCUAAAAGACGUAGUGGAGCAUUGCGAAUUACAGUUGUGCCGCUCCCUGUGUCCAAGUCUCUCAUGCUGGACCUGCUGAAGAUGACGCUGGGAGAGAAGCUGGAGGGAAUGAACGACCCUGACAUUGCAUCGCUGUCCGACACGGCCGCCUUCGCUGUACACCUUUAUCACAGAUGGUGUGUGCAGUCUGUAGUGAAGGACAGCUUCCCCUCGAGACCCGUGAGACAGCACGUCUUCACCAUAGCUGACCAGAUCGACCCCGCAGAGGCCUGUGCUGCUGCCACGGAGGCCAUUUGUACCGGGCUUAAGGGUGAGUUGUCCAACUCAAUCCAGAUGCUGGAGCGGUUCCUGCAGACCAACAAAACGCUGUCCAUGCCGACCCCGAACUGCUUCAACGUCCCAAGUGAAAGGACCGAAGUGGAGUAUGACUGGAACCAGGGCAGAGUUAUCCCCCCUGAGGAAGUCCGCUGUCAGGUGUGCUAUGACCUGGGGUGCGUUCUGUUCCACCAAGAGGAAUACAAGAGAGCUUACGAACUGUUUACACAGUGCCAAACUAUCCAUGACAAGCUGAAAGAACAUAUCUACAUCAGUAUUGACACUGCCCGACUACGUGGAUACCUCAUCAGCUGCUCUUCACUACUGGGGAUUGUUACAGACCCACACAAACUCAGCAUAUUCCAACGAGCAGAAAACUCCAGAAAGAACAACUUUGAAGGCCUGAUUGACAUCCUCCUUGACGAUAAUGUCAGCCAAGAACUGAGUGUUUUGUACCGAACCAGUCUUGAAGAUGACGUCCUACAUGCAGGGAAGGGAUGUGAAGUGUUGUACACCAAGGUGUGCAUAUGUAACGUUGUCCGCGGUGUGAUGGAGGGGAAAGCGUUGGUGUCACCGGUGUUGUUUGCUCUCGAGAAGGCAGACCAGAGUGUGACAAUGUUCUUAGUGAUGACCAUUAGCAGGGCAAUGAAGGGCGCCUCCUUCUCUCAGAGAGCUAACCUCAAGUGUUUCAUCCAGCACCUGAUAGAGCUGGCGGAGCCGGAGUCUGGGUUCACCAAUGCUGUGUUAGGGAGUGAGCUGGCCACGUACUUCGACAAGGAGGAGUGCAUGGACAUGGCGUUGGGGGACGAGGGGGAGCAGAUGUACUUGGAGGACUUCGAUUCCGAGGACCCAGGGGGAUCCUCUGCCAGCUUCCCAGCAUCUCGGGAACCAACCUACAAUUUGAGUGACCUUGAGGGAAAACUGUUGACCUUGUACGACCCAGGCCUGCUACGAGACGUUGUCAGUGACCUUCAUGGGAACCGAAACUGGCGUUUUCCACAGUUUCUGCAGUUCAACGAUAAGUGGAAGGUUCCUCGUGAGAUCCGCCAGCUCAUUGAUGGCCUGAAUCACCACGGAAUGCAGAAACCAUUUGUCUAUGUCCUUGUGUCUAAGGCAAGGCACUGUAUGGAGGUCAAGAUAUUUGACCGAGCACGCCAGCUGUUUGCCGUGGCAGACUCUGUGGUCAGCGAUUUGUCAUACGUCCUGUCAAAACAUGUGCGCUGGCAGUCCUUGCUGGCUGACCUCCGUCAGUACGACCUCAACCAGACGUUUGGAGAGGGCUGCACGCUUCAGGACCUAGUCAAGAAGACCAAGACCUGUCUGACCACCAUCAGACUAGGACAGGAAAUCCAGCCGAGUGAGGAGGUGUUGGAGGAGUGCACGGCGUUCCUGGUGAACAUCAAGGACUGGGACUACCUCUGUAACCUGGAGAACACCGCAAACGGAUAUAUUGAGCUGAGUCGGCUGUUGGCGUGUUGCUGCAAGGAGCUGCCAGUCAUCCGGACCGCUCGGAAACCAGCCCGGGACCUCUGGGAUGCAGUGUUGCAGAUCUUCCAGACCAAGACGCAGCACAAGCGAAGCAGCAGUGGCCGGGAGAGCGCCAUGCACAGAGACUCCCAGCAAGGGAUGCUGCCUCGAGACUCCUUCAUCAGCUUCCUGCUCAAGAUAACGGACCAAAGUGUUCUCACUCUGUUUAUAGCAUCCUUCACCAAACUCUUCACGAUACUCAAGGACGAUAUAACAAGCCAGAUAGCCAGUGAAUAUCAAGCUCUGUGGCCAACAGCAAUCGCCAACGCUGGCGGCCUGAGUGUGGAGAGUAUGGAGGAUGCGCUGACCACCCUGAUGAAACACUCCCUCACCGUGGUGCCCACCCAGCAGUCCUGGCUCCGCACACAGGCUGACAUAUACUUCGCUCAGAAUCAGUACUCUGCUGCAAUGAAGCUCUACCUGGAGGUGGCGGUAGUCUCCACCGACUUCUUCUCUCGACCGGUGCCCAAGAGUGUGUUUGAUGAUCAGAUCUACCGACGCAUGAUGAAAUGCUGUUCAUAUUUGCAGUGUCACACACAGGUCGCUGUUCUGUGCCAGUUCCUGGACGAGGUAGACUACGCUGCAGCCUUCAAGGCGCUGCAGGAGAAGACAACAUACGACGCCAUGGACGCCUACUACACUUGCAUCUGGGACGUCAGUGUGCUGGAGUACCUCACUCAUUUACAUGGCAAGAGAGGAGAAUUAGAGAAGAAACAGUCCGCUCUGAGAGCCCUGAGCCAGAUGGACCUGAACAGCAGCAACCCAGAAGAGAUUCAGAGGCGAGCCAUCCACGUCCGCAAAACCAGAUUUCUCCGUUCACUUGCCAAACAAUAUCUCUCAUGAUAGAUACUGCUGCUCUUAUUAUUGGAAGUGAUUAGGGGGUAAACAAUUAUGUUUAACAAUAUUAUGUAAAGUCAGAGUUAUCAAGAAAAGAUUACCAUCAAUAAAUCUCAAGGGAUGAAGCUACUUUUGAUGAAAACUGCUGAUGAAGCUGGGUUGUAGUUGAUGGCGUUUAGCUUAAAUCAGAAUGUCUUGAAAGUUAUUAAGUUCUAUUCCUUUCAUUAUUUUGCAAUACAAGGGUGUUCUUUUGGGUAUCAUAUUCAAUUAACAUUCAGUCUCCCUCUUUGCUUUGAUGAAUGUGCAUGUUGCGUUCCUGCUGAUACAAGCAAUAAAAGUUUAUUCUUUAUAUAAUAAUAAUAAUAAUGAUAAUAAUAAUAGUCCAUUUGUGAAGUCAUUACACCAUACACUACGUAUGCUUGAAGUGCUGCAUUGUUUUGACCUUGGUCAAUGGUUCAGUGUGCACUCGACUUUUCAAUCUCAGCUGCCAGGAGAGUAUACAACUAAACCUCAGAAUGUGUCAGAAAUUAAUGGGGUCUACAAUCUUGGGGCUGUGGAGGUUUUCUUCUGCUGUAUCAGUUAUCUGAAGGUCCCUUUAAUCUUGAUUUUAGCACAAGGGUACUGACAAGGGUCCCUUGGCUUUCAUCCUUAGCUUCGAACCCUGUAGAAGUCUGUGUAACAUCUGCCCAAGUCCAGCACCCAUGACAGCAGAGUGGUCAACAGAACUACGUGCCAGUACUAGCUGCAUCUUACAUCACAACUAGUCUUUUGAUUGUAGGAUGUUGGGUCAGGUAGAAAUGGGUUGGCCCCAUGGUCAGUGCUGCUGCUCAGCUUGUCACCUGUGCCACCUGGGUUCAAAUCCAUGCAGAUUGUGAUGUUUGAAGACCAUUAAUGGGGUUCCAUGACCUGUGGACAUGUUUGCAAUACAGUGAAGUGGGUAAGCCAUACUGGCUCACUAACCUACAUUUCACUUCAAUCAACAUAACAUAUUUGUGUAUCCUCAUUCAAUUUAAAGAUUCAUGAAUUUGAUUCUAGGACAUAAGUGGCUGAGUGUUCUCCUCAAUUCUUAUAGAAGCAAUUUGAAUGUAAAGAGUUUGAUUUAAGAUGAUAUGGUUUAGGGACUGUUUUUUUAUUGUGGGAGGAGGACGCAAAUUAAUAUUUCCCCCUUAACCCUUAGACUGCUUAAUUAGUUUGAAGAGUGUCAAUACUAUCGUUGGCCACAAUGUUUAGAAUGUUUAGAUGCCUGUCCUGAAGGACAUAGGGACUGUACAUGGACGAUGUUAAUCAAGUAUCCAGUCAGCGAGUCUGCUACUUUAGUUCAUAUAUCAUAAGAUCCACUGAUAAUAAUACUAGGAGCCAAGUUCAGGCUAGGCUAACGUUUUUGAUACAGAUUAACUAUCAUUUCACGAUGUCAUCGCAGUCACGUGACAUUUCUAGCCCUAGCCUUGCUUCUGCAGAUUUAUUGAGACCCUAGUAAACAACGAGAAAAUAACGUAUACUAUCACAAGUGUAUGUGAACUAUAAGCUGUAGAGCUUCAUUCACUAAGCCCCAAACUACAUCACAGCUUCCUGAAUCCUCGAGGAUGCUGACGUCAUUCUGUACACUCCAUGAUGCUGCUCAGAGCAAGGUGGAAAAGAUGCAGCAAGCUUCAGUCUCACUGUGGCAGGAUGGUGUGUGGAAGGUUUACAAUAAAUCACUGCUUUAGCAAACUACACACAACCAUGUUGUCAAGAUCUCAUCUCUCUUUGUAUUCUGAAAUCGAAGUCAAACUGUUCCUUUUACAACAGUUGUCAGUUUAGUUAAGGUGGGAAUACGCUUAGGACGAAAACCAAGGGAGAUAAUUGUGUUGGAGUGUGUUCACAUUCGUCAAAAUGUGUGACAGUCAUACAGAGAAAUCAUGUCAAACAUUGCAUUUAUUAAUGUUUCAUUCAGACAUUGGAAUGUGCUACAAUGUACUUUAUCUCUGGGUCACUCAACAAUGUAAGUAAUCAUUGUAAAAGUUAAGAAUGAUCAUGGGUGUCCAAUAAUCUAAUGUACAACAGAGUUGCGUCCCUUGGACAUGACAGGAACCGAUGAUCAGUGGUUCAAAUCCCAGAUUUGCCCUCAUUAUGUUUCUAGGUUUGUCAGCACCAUAUCCAUGCAUGUGGAUUUCACCAAGGUGGUAAACGUCUAAGACCUGCAUCUCUUCUGGCUUUCCUCCCACAUCAAGUUGACAUGCCAUGUAAUAAACACUUUUCAGAGCAGGGUUAAAGCAAACACACUCCAGUUAGGUAUGGUAAGUCUGAUAGGAGGAGACUAUUGAAUCAGAUCCUGACUAGUGAAUAUUUUGAAGAUAUUUUGAAAUCAGCCAUUGCCAGUAAAUGCAAUAUGAAUAGUCUUUUGUGAAAUACUGUACAUUUAUAGUGGUUAUAUGAAGUCCGAUGUCGUUUUGUUCAAGAUGGGAUAUUCAAAUUCAUAUUUGUAGAAUUUGUAGACACUCUCAUGCUUACAGUGCUCAAUGUGUUAAGUCAUUCAGAUAGUGUGAAGCUGAAUCAUGUUAUAGACUUGUUUAAUGAAGAUUCCUUGUUUGUAAAGAGAGUUUGUGUUCCAGAACACCGUGUCAGACACCACAUCAUGUCAGAUAGUGCCCAACAAUUGUUGAAGAUAUUUUGAUACCAAAUUUGUGCAGCUGUACAUAUAUUUACGAUAUGUCUGUAAUGUGUUGUACAUAUUAAACACAUUCCUUUCUA